CGGCCCGGCCGGGACUGGCGGGCCGCGGGAGCCGGAGCCGGAGCCGGAGCAGGAUCCCGACGUGGCCGCGGGGCCUCCCACCUCCCUUCGCCGUCAAGAUGCGGUACAACGAGAAGGAGCUCCAGGCGCUGUCCCGGCAGCCGGCAGAGAAAGCGGCGGAGAUCGGGAUGCGGGUCCCCAAGAAGGGCAGCGUGGUGAAACGGAGGCUCGUGAAGCUGGUGGUGAAUUUCCUCUUUUAUUUCCGGACAGAUGAAGCGGAGCCCAUCGGAGCCUUGCUUCUGGAACACUGCCGGAUUGCCAAGGAAGAGCCAAGUGGCUUCUCUAUCAGUUUCAUUGAGGACCCUGACAGAAAGUACUACUUUGAGUGCAGCAGCGAGGAGCAAUGUCAGGAGUGGAUUGACGCCCUGAGGAGAGCGAGCUAUGAGUUCAUGCGGAGAAGUCUCAUCUUUUAUAGGAAUGAGAUCCAGAAGAUGACGGGAAAGGUGAAUAUUCCAGGAAAGGACCUCAUCCUCUUGAUGUUUCUUUUUUUGUUUUUUAGGACCCCUUGGAGCAGUACGGUAUCUCUGAGGAGGCCAGGUUCCAGCUGAACACGCACCAGGCAUGACCAUCUCUUCUAAGAAAGAAGUCUGCCUUGCUCCACUCCCUGCCAGUGUUCGCCCCAGUGACUAUUGGGGGGUUGGGGGGUAGGGAAGGGGGGGGACAGGAGAAGAAAGGAUUUACAGGCCUCGGGCCUUCUACAGCAGAAGACCUUACCCUGGGACUGGCAAUGGGCUGCCUGGAUUGUUUCAACAAGAUCUGGGCCCAGAGGAGGGAAGGGAAUGAAAUGUAGUUUUUCUUCUCGGGUUGAAAAAGGUAACCAAGGCCUAGAGGUAGGGCUCCUUCAAGCAG